UAUGAGAAUAAGGUCAAGAAAGACUUAAAUGGACUUCUGAAGUAACAAAAGGAAGAAAAAUGGAGACAGAGACCAUUUUAAGUCUUAGACACCAACUCAAGGAAGCAGAGAAUGAGCGAAGAAAGGCAGCACAAUAUGGCUUGCAUUUGUUGGAGUCCCAAAGUGAAGUUCAAAAUCAGUUGGAUCAAACACGCCGUGAAUUGACUGAGAAAACUGAGAAAUUUGAACAAGAGAAAUACUCUCUUCAGAGAGAAAUUGAACUCAAGAAUCGAAUGUUGGAAAGCUUGAGUUUUGAAUGUGAUUCCCUUAAGCAACAGCAAAACAUGCAACUGGAUAAACAGAAAGAACUGCUUGCCAGACUAUAUGGACAAGAAAUCAGUGACCUUAAAAACAAGUUGGAGAACCUGAAAGCAGAACUAGAUGAAACCCGACUCUCAGAGAAGCAAUUAAGACACAAAGUGGAUCAUCAGAAGGAAAUAAUUGCUGCCAAAUCAGAAGAACUACGUAUGAUGUCUGAACGUGUACAUGAGACAAUGUCUUCAGAAAUGCUCAAUCUUCAGAUAGAACUCACUGAACUAGAAAGCGUCAAGGCCAACGUUGAAGAAAAGCUGAAUGAACUGCAGUACAGUAAAGAACAACUAGAACUUGUAAACAGUAACUUACGUAAUCAGCUGGAGCGUCUGCAGGGAGAAAAAGAAGAGAGGGAAAAAGAAGUUGUUUCUUACUGUAAUGCGUUAGAGAAAGCUCGUGAAGCUAAUCAAGAGCUUCAGGUUCAGCUGGAUCAUGCAGUGCAGCAAUCUUUGGACCCUACAAGUAAAGGCAAUUCUCUCUUUGCUGAGGUGGAGGACCGUAGGGCAGAAAUGGAACGACAGCUGAUCAGUGUGAAAAUAAAAUAUCAGUCACUACAAAAACAGCAUGCAUUCACUAGAGAACAGUUGCAGAGAAUGAAGCUACAAAUGGCUACACUGCUACAGAUGAAAGGCUCUCAGGCAGAAUUUGAGCAGCUGGAACGCUUACAGUCGAUGUUAGAACAAAAGAAUGGUGAGAUAGAAGAUCUUCUUCUGAAAGUGAGGCAGCUAGAAAAAUUUAAGACUUUAUAUGAGAAUAUGGAAGAAUCCAGAGCUGGUAGUAGCUCAAAAGGAGGAGAGUCUGAAGAUGGUUACUAUGCGGAUUUACUACAAAUGAAACUUGACAACUCAAACAAGGAAACGGAAACCUUGAAAAAUGAACUAUCCUUGCAGAGGAUGAAAGCUCUGUAUGAGAGCCAAAGGGUUCUAGAAGUUGAAAGGAAGCUCUUCACAAAUGAGAGGCAUUUGCAAGCUUGUCAGAGUGAGAAUAUGAACUUGCGAGUUAUGCUUGAUGAGCUAAAAAUGAAAUACGAACCUGAAGAAUUACUUAAAGGCACUAAAAUUAAAAAGAAGAGGGAGAAGAUUCCAGUGGACGCUACUUGUGAAUACUUGGACAGCAAAAACACUUCUGUAAAAGAAGCUGCUCUCGCUCAAUUGCCGAGUAAGGAAGAAACAAAGGUGACUUCCAAGAACUUGGAGCAAAUUGAUGCUUCUCCAAAAAAACAUGCUCUUGAAGCACCACCAAUAAACAUAGCUCUUCAAGCAAUGCAAAAAGUAGUUGAACCUGAAAGAGAAAGAAAGAGAGUUAAAACUAAAGAUGAGAAUCAUGAUGCUUUUACUUCGUAUAGCAGAAGUGGAAGUAAUUCCUUGACUUCGGCUGCCCCCAGGUUAACAGCUGAAUCCAGAUUUGAAACUACGGAAAAAGAAGAUAAGAAAGAAAAUAAAAUGUUGACUGAGAAGAAAACACAAAAGAAAAAAUACACAACGUUGUAUGUAUCUUCUAAGCCAACUUCUGAAACACAAUGUGCUCAGCAAUAACACUUGCAUUUCUGGAAGGAACCUGAACAAUUUGGAGUCCUGCUUCAGCAGGAAAUACUGAGUAAACUUAUGUCACACAUAAAUGUACAGGUUCCUAACUUAGAUGUGAUCUGCCUUGUUUUAUGAAGAGUAUAAUCACAUUAAUGAGUUGCACUUUUGAUAUCUUAACUUCCCAGAGGGCACCUGUUAAGUUCCCUGGCAAAGUGACCUGAAGCAUUGCCUUGGCUUGAAUAAUGGCUAAGUCUCUAACCACGUGUUAAUCGCUAUUUGUUUGAAGCACUGUGCUAUUCCUGAAAAUAAGUACUUGCUACAGAAGUUUUAGUAUAUGAUAAGACGGGGGUCAACCCUGAGCAAGACAGACUCGACAAUUUUGAUGCAGAACUCAACUAAGUCAUGUGCUCCGAAUUGUUUCCAGUUCCUGAAUUCGGAAUUCAAAUCUUUCCCUCCCUAAUGUGUAAUUGUUCAACUUUCAGAUUGACCUGAUUGCAAAGGUGCAUGUGACUUUUUAUGCAUUUUGUGGGAUAGUAUUCUUUUGAAACUCUAUAAAUUCUUGUAUUUGUACUAAUAAUUAAA